UAAGUGGCUGUCACUUCCCAUUUUUCCUUCCUCACAUCACAAUACACAAAUACACGAAUACACAUACUCUCUCUCUCUCUCUACACAAAAUUCUUCAAUCGAAUCCAACAAUGGCUCUCCGAGCAACCCCUUUCCCUACUCAAACUUCCUCCUUCUCUCUCCCCCAAAUGGCCAGUCUCAGAUCUCCCAAAUUCGUCAUGGCUUCCACCCUCCGCUCCGGUUCUAAAGAGGUUGAAAAUAUUAAGAAGGCUUUCACGCCUCCAAAAGAAGUGCAUGUUCAAGUAACCCACUCUAUGCCUCCCCAGAAGAUUGAAAUUUUCAAAUCUUUAGAGGGUUGGGCUGAGACAACCUUAUUGACUCACCUUAAACCAGUAGAAAAGUGUUGGCAACCACAGGAUUUUCUGCCGGAUCCUUCCUCAGAUGGGUUCGAAGAGCAAGUGAAGGAGCUGAGAGAGAGAGCAAAAGAGCUUCCAGAUGAUUACUUUGUUGUUCUGGUUGGAGAUAUGGUCACGGAAGAAGCUCUUCCUACUUACCAAACAAUGCUUAAUACUUUGGACGGAGUUCGUGAUGAAACAGGUGCUAGCCCUACUCCUUGGGCUGUUUGGACAAGGGCGUGGACAGCUGAAGAAAAUAGACAUGGUGAUCUUCUUAACAAGUAUCUUUACUUGUCUGGCCGUGUUGAUAUGAGACAAAUCGAGAAGACUAUUCAGUACCUGAUUGGCUCUGGAAUGGAUCCUCGGACUGAGAAUAGCCCCUACCUUGGUUUCAUUUACACUUCAUUUCAAGAGAGGGCGACCUUUAUUUCGCAUGGAAACACAGCCAGGCUUGCUAAAGAACACGGUGAUUUGAAGUUGGCUCAGAUCUGUGGUCUGAUUGCCUCAGAUGAAAAACGCCACGAGACUGCUUACACAAAGAUAGUGGAAAAGCUGUUUGAGAUUGAUCCUGACGGAACAGUUAUGGCCUUUGCUGACAUGAUGAGGAAGAAAAUUGCUAUGCCAGCUCAUCUGAUGUAUGACGGCCAAGACGACAACCUGUUUGAUAACUAUUCUGCUGUUGCCCAGCGCAUUGGGGUCUACACUGCUAAGGAUUAUGCUGACAUACUUGAGUUUCUGGUUGGGAGGUGGAAGGUGGCGGACAUAACCGGACUUUCAGGCGAGGGACGAAAGGCACAGGAGUAUGUUUGUGGGCUGCCACCAAGAAUCAGAAGACUGGAGGAGAGAGCUCUAGCAAGAGCAAAGGAAUCUUCAAAACUUCGAUUCAGUUGGAUUCAUGACAGGGAAGUACUAGUCUAAGCAUAAUAAUAAGAAGCAUAUUGAAUUUUCCAGCAACCCUACUUGGAGCAAUGUUAUAUAGUUGAAGAUUCAGUUUUUCAUUUUUGUUUGAGGUCCAAUGUUAUAUGUCACUGUAAGGUGAAACAAUUGUUCUCUUGCGUGGUCUGUUAAGCAUAAGCAAUCAGGGGGCAGCUGUAGUAAUAGAAAUGCUAUUUUUUUUCCUUCUUCUUUUCUUUGUGGUAGUGAUCUUUUUUAAGUAUAAGUUGACUUUUUUAUGUUGCAAUUUUGAUGAUAAAGAAAAUUUAGUUCAA